UUGCCAACUGCACUUUCCUGCAAUAUUUGCAUCCAUCAGCAGCAUUUAUUUCCCCCUUUACCACCAAGAUGCCUGUGGAGUUUGAGCUGUGCCCUGGCCGGAUGAUCGGAGGGAACCAUCCAUGCUUCAUCAUAGCUGAGAUUGGACAGAACCACCAGGGAGACAUCGAGAUAGCCAAGAAAAUGAUUAAAAUGGCAAAGGACUGUGGUGCUGAUUGUGCCAAAUUCCAGAAAAGUGAGUUGGAGGUGAGGUUUAACAAGCAGGCCUUGGAGCGUCCAUACACCUCCAAGAACUCCUGGGGGAAAACUUAUGGUGAACAUAAGCGCCACCUAGAAUUCAGCCAUGAGCAGUACAGGGAGCUGCAGAAAUAUGCAACAGAAGUGGGGAUCUUCUUCACUGCCUCAGGGAUGGACGAGAUGGCUGUGGAGUUUCUCCAUGAAAUCAAUGUCCCUUUUAUCAAAGUAGCAUCUGCAGAUGCCGACAACUUUCCAUAUCUUGAGAAGACAGCCAAGAAAGGCCGUCCCAUGGUUGUGUCCACUGGGAUGCAGUCAAUGGAGACAAUCCGUCAGGUGUACAAGACAGUGAAGCAGCACAAUGAAAACUUCACCAUCUUGCAGUGCACCAGCACAUACCCUCUGGACCCUGAAGAUGUCAACCUCAGAGUGAUCACGGUAAAUAGCUUAUUGUGCAUGAUUAUUCAGCGUAUCAAUAUAUCAAUAUAGGGCAGUCCUCCAUUG